UACAUUUCAGUACAUAUGAGCGCAUAUCAGGGAGAGCUGGGCGUGAGAGCUAAAGAGACUAGUGACAUCCUUCUGCAGGUGUUACGGUUCGCAUAAAAUAAUAAUAUUUAACGAUAUCAGUGCCAGAAUUUAUAAUAUCUGCUCUCCGGGAUCAAGAUGCGUGAAAUAGUUCAUCUGCAAGCUGGGCAAUGUGGAAACCAAAUUGGAGCCAAGUUCUGGGAAGUCAUCAGUGAUGAACAUGGCAUUGACCCAACUGGAACUUACCAUGGAGACAGUGACCUGCAGCUUGAGAGGAUCAGCGUCUACUACAAUGAGGCCACAGGAGGGAAAUAUGUCCCAAGAGCAAUCCUUGUGGACCUGGAACCGGGUACCAUGGACUCCGUGAGGUCUGGACCUUUUGGUCAGAUUUUUAGGCCCGAUAACUUUGUGUUCGGGCAAAGUGGUGCUGGAAACAACUGGGCAAAGGGACACUACACAGAGGGGGCCGAACUGGUUGACUCUGUUCUCGAUGUAGUUCGGAAGGAGGCGGAGAGCUGUGACUGCCUGCAGGGGUUUCAGCUUACCCACUCUCUGGGUGGAGGCACUGGGUCUGGCAUGGGCACAUUGUUGAUCAGCAAAAUCCGGGAGGAGUAUCCUGACAGGAUCAUGAACACCUUCAGCGUCGUGCCCUCACCUAAAGUCUCUGACACCGUUGUGGAGCCUUACAACGCUACCCUCUCGGUGCACCAGCUGGUGGAAAACACAGAUGAGACCUACUGCAUCGACAAUGAGGCUUUGUAUGACAUCUGCUUCCGUACGCUCAAGCUUACCACCCCAACCUAUGGCGACUUGAACCAUCUGGUUUCUGCCACCAUGAGCGGGGUCACCACGUGCCUUCGAUUCCCUGGCCAGCUCAAUGCUGAUCUACGCAAACUGGCUGUCAACAUGGUGCCCUUCCCUCGUCUGCACUUCUUUAUGCCCGGGUUUGCCCCCCUCACCAGCAGGGGGAGCCAGCAAUACCGUGCCCUGACAGUUCCUGAGCUCACGCAACAGAUGUUCGAUGCCAAGAACAUGAUGGCGGCCUGCGACCCCCGCCAUGGCCGUUACCUGACUGUAGCUGCUGUCUUCCGUGGAAGGAUGUCCAUGAAGGAAGUGGACGAACAAAUGCUCAACGUACAGAACAAGAACAGCAGCUAUUUUGUGGAGUGGAUUCCCAAUAAUGUGAAGACAGCUGUCUGUGACAUUCCACCCAGAGGGCUUAAGAUGGCUGCCACUUUCAUCGGAAACAGCACGGCCAUUCAGGAGCUGUUCAAGCGCAUCUCUGAGCAGUUCACCGCUAUGUUCAGGCGCAAGGCUUUCCUACACUGGUACACCGGUGAAGGCAUGGAUGAGAUGGAGUUCACUGAGGCUGAAAGUAACAUGAAUGACCUUGUGUCUGAGUACCAACAGUAUCAAGAUGCCACUGCCGAGGAAGGCGAAUUUGAGGAAGAGGCAGAAGAAGAGGUUGCAUAAAAUCACAUUGUCAGCCAGUGCGGUCUCUUUCUCUUUGUCUUUCUGUAAGCCUUGUGUUUUGUUCUUGAAAAUAGGUUGUUUUCCAUGAUAAGAAGUCUGGAUGUUUUUCAAGUUCUCCCUUCCUUUCUUCAAGACACAUCUACACUCGAAUCUUUCACCUACCUUCCCCUGCUAUAGUAGUCAAGAUGGUGUAACAUAAUACUGUGAUGUUUUGUUUUGUGGAAAAUGAAUGCACUCAAAAUUGUCUUUGUCUCUUCAUGCCUUGCAGAAAUGAAAAGGAAAUGCAGUAGUGGUUAAUCUUUCUUGCACUUGAUUAAACAAGAUGUCAGUAUUGCUUCAGCAGAAUAAAGAGGUGAAACCGA